GAAAAACAUUCAAAUAUACACAGUAUUUGAAUAAUCAUUUGAGAUCAAAUUGUAAGCAACAAAAGGAUAUCUUAGCUAAUGCAGACGACAGCUUGAAUAGUCGAUUGGAGGCUAUACUUCACGAGGUCGGAUUGGAGAGUGAUGAGGAGGGGCGUCAACAUGAAAAGUUUAUUACCAAAGAAAGUGUGGAUGAUGACGGAAAAGAAACGAGUCUGGAGACUAUGACUAAUAAUGUCCAAUCGGUCAAUGAGGGGGAAAGCGCUAUUGACAGUUCAGAACUAUUAUUACAACUUUGUUUAUAGUUUUUGACGAUUUGGUUUUUAUGAAAUCAAUAAAAUUUAAUAC